CACGUAGUAAACUUCACACUGAUAAAAAAAAAGCGAGUUGAAUUAAAGAAUUGAACAUGUAAUUUUUGGCAAUGGAGAAUGGGGGAUUCUUCAACGGUCUUUCAUCCUCGGAAGACAUUAUAACACUUCUCCAGGUCUCCCAGUCAAUCUCCUCCUCGACGACAUCGACCGAGCAGUCAAAAUCAAUUGAAAGUACCUCAGAGAGACUGCGGAAUUCAUCAAGAAAUCUGAAUGAGGAGAUUGAUGGGAUUUCCAGAGGAAAAUGGAGAAGGAAAUUCAGCAAGAUUGGAUGGAACAAAUAUAUUCGCUGGGAUUUACUGUUUACCUUUGGAUGUAUCCUAUGGAUAGCAUUGUGUAUUGCGGAUUACGUCUGUCCUUCAACGAUAUAUACAAUACGGGAGAUAAAAUUGCGGACUAAACGGGCGAGAAACUUCGACAUCACUUGGAAAUACAAAUUUUUCUCCUAUUUCAGUUAUAACGUCAUUCCUAAUUUAAUCGAGACAUUCAUGUUUGUCGUAUUUUUUGGAGUCAUCGCGGUUACUGAAAGUUGCAUGAAGAAGAAAUGGUUUAAUGAUUCACAAACGAUUCGGUGCAAUUCCAUUCGCCUCCUGCCAAUUUACAACGAGCAGGACUUCGAAUUUGAUGGAUUAGAAGAGUCUGAGGACACCUAUCACAAUUCAGAAGAUCUGGGAGAAUUAAAGUACAUUAAAAUUGAGGGCGAAAGAAAAUUACAAAUUCAUCCUGAGCUGUAUUGGCAGUGGAAAUUAUUCAAGAGAACUGCAGAGAUAACGACAAGAAUAAAACAGAAGAAUAAACGGCUGAAUAAAUUGGGACUGCAUACAUCGGAUUUUCCAGCUAGAAAACUCCUCAAAUAUGAUCCCGUAGAUGAAUCCAGUUUUCAAUCUUAUGAAACUUACGAUCAAGAAAUUCAUCGGUUUAUUAUGGCUCAAGAUAAUUCAUCGAUUAAAUUCGACAAGAUUAUAAUAGAUUUGCAAAAGACCAAGAGGACUUGUCCCGCCUCGACCUCCAGUCCCCAGAAGAUAAACCCCAGGAUUAUCAGCUCGUCUCCAGCAUUCAAAAACUUUCUCUCCAGACUGAAGAUAAAUUCCCCUCCAUGUAACAAAUUGACUUUUUAACAACCUUUUAACU